AUGAUUCCUUCGGCGCGGCCGAGGAGACUUCAGGGCCGCUUCAUCUUCUUCUCAGCAAUCGCAUCUCUUUUUCUUUUGUCGUUAUUUCUAUGGCGAACUGCGGAUCCACGGAUUGUAGAUCCCAGAUUAAGCUCAGCGGUGGCUCAUGCAGAGCACACCAUCGGCAAUGAGCAUUCAUCUCACUCGUUGAUCCAUGUUUCCGACGAAUACCUGGAUGAUUACGAAACCCUCACAAAUUCGCAAGACAAAAAUAUAGGACUUAAACCCACUCCGAUAGUUCACCCGUUCUCAUUGUCGCUACCACCCGCAUCCUCGUCCGUGUCAACACCAUCAUCGAGCGCAGUCCAAUCACAAGAUGCAAUCCCAACUGAACCGGCUCAAACUCCCGUAGCCAAAGUCUCUCCUUCGAUUAACUCUGGUGAAACAGUGAAUACUUCGCAAAAUCCACGGAUCCCCGGAAAGCCGAACAAUCUAACGAUCAGUGGAUUCGUGUUUUAUGGCCGUCGCGAUAGGGUCGAGUCCAUGCACUGUUAUCUCGAGAGAAAUCUCAUCACACAUGGCGGUUGGUUGGAUAAUGUGAUAUGGGUGGUCAACACAAAGGAUGAAGCGGAUCUUGCAUAUCUCGACAAAAUCCUAGCCCGAUCGCCGCUGUACAAAACACAUGUCCUUUCGGAACAGGUUGGCUGGCCUGAUUAUGCCAAAAUCUGGCGCAUGGUCAAUCGCGAGAGCAUGUAUAUCAAGAUUGACGACGACAUUGUUUGGUUUGCAGAUGAUACCAUCGAGCGCCUUGUGAAAAGAAAACUUGAACGUCGCGAUGCAUUGGCUGUAUCUGCAAACAUCAUCAACAACCCACCGCUCAGCUUCUUGCACUACCAUACGGGCGCGCUGCAUCCGUAUUUUCCAGAUCUUCCAAAAGACUUUGAUUACAGCACACUGGAACCACCUCCACCGGAGCCGUCGGAAGAGGAGGCCAAGUAUGAAGAGAUUCUUGUUGAUGCAGAACUGCAGCCGAUAGAAGAAACAGUCGAAACAAUCGAAAUUCAACCAGAGGAACUGCAGACGGAAGAGAAUGAAAUACUGUUCGAAGAAGUAGAAUCCGAAAAGGAACAUACGGCAUUGUCCAAAAGACUAGCGAUUCUCGGCAACAAAACGCCCUGGCGGCCAUCCGAAGAUCCCCAUUGGACGGGCCCAGACGACUUCGAGUGGUCACUCGACUGGUCACCACCACCAUUCCCAAACCAUCGAUGGCUGCGUGUUCCGGACGACAAAGCCCUAAAUCGGACGCCCGUCGCUCAUUUGACCUACGAAGUUUGGGGGCCAACAUAUGAAAGCUGGGCGAUCGCAUCGCAGCAACAUUAUUCUUUACUCGAGAAUAUUGAAAAUGAGAAGCUAGAUUUGUACAAAUUCGAUCAUCCAUGGGAUAUGAAAGGCGAGCGCAUCCGCAUUAAUUUCAUGGCGAUUUUGGGUAGCGAUGUGCUCGAUACAGAUGUCUUCCAUUGGCCGGACAACCAGGGUGAUGAGGAUAUGCUUGUUCUUACCCUUCCUCAUGAUACCGGACGACCUAUUCUCAUCGAAGGCACAGCUCUAGCAGCCCAUUUCAAUUUUCAGCAUCAAGGCGGCGUGACCACGACAGAUUUACUCUCACGGUACAAGUCCCUGGCAGCUGAACGGGCAUGUCUGGUACCCUCGCCAUCUGCUUUUGAUUGA